GGGCGGAUGUGCACGUGCCAACCAUCAGAGACGUGUGCACCUGUUGCUCACCAAGGGUAUCUGUGCCUUAGGUCAGCCAAGGAUAUAACACCUCUUCCCUCUGUACCAUCAACAGCCACGGGAGAAGAAGGGACUACCUCUGUACCGACCAAAGUCUCAGGAGAAGAAGGAACUACCUCUGUACCGACCGCAGCCACGGGAGAAGACGGAACUACCUCUGUACCAUUCACAGCCACUGGAGAAGACGGUACUACCUCUGUACCGACCAGAGCUACGGGAGAAGAAGGCACUACCUCUGUACCGACCAGAGUCACGGGAGAAGAAGGCACUACCUCUGUACCGACCAGAGUCACGGGAGAAGAAGGAACUACCUCUGUACCGACCAGAGUCACAGGCAAAGAAGGCACUACCUCUGUUCCGACCAGAGUCACAGGCACAGAAGGCACUAGGUCUGUACCGACCAGAGUCACAGGCAAAACAGGCACUACCUCUGUACCGACCAGAGUCACAGGCAAAGAAGGUACUGCCUCUGUACCGACCAGAGUCACAGGCAAAAAAGGCACUACCUCUGUACCGACCAGAGUCACAGGCAAAAAAGGCACUACCUCUGUACCGACCACAGCUACGGGAGAAGAAGGCACUACUUCUGUACAGACCACAACAGGGCAGGGUUGUUCUUCUCAGUUCAAGCGUUUAACCUCAUCCUACAUAGGUGAAAGUAUCAUACGAAGGAUAACACGUGUCACGUUGGAUCAGUGCCUUCAGGCAUGCCUCGACGAAAGUGUCUUCUUGUGUCGAUCUGUGGACUUUUACCCGCAGCGCAGAGAAUGCGCACUAGGCUCUAUUUCGAAGGAUGGCGUAUCCGCCGGUUUGUCGGGUAGGCAUUAUGCAUCACAUUAUCAGCGAAUGUGUGAUCUGUGAAGCUCAUUUACUGGAUGUCAUUUGGCGGAAACAAACCAGGCUUGUCAUUUGGGGGAUACAAGCAAGGCUUGUUAUUUGGGGGGACACAAGCCAGGCUUGUCAUUUGGGCACAUAUCCAUUUUGGUGGCAGGAUAUACGUUCACCUUUUCGCGAACACCUGGUAUCAUCACUGUUUCAUAGUGAUUCAUAAACACAUGCUCUG